AUGGAAAGAACAUUGCUACUGCAACUCACUGUUUUGACUCUAAUUUUAGGAGCAUCUACUUGCACUUCAUCUUCAGAUAACCUCAUAAAUGCAUCCAAGCUGCAGAUGUUUGUGGAUGAGCUUCCAGACAUGCCUAGAAUCCCAGGCUAUGAGGUUGUACUUGUAGAUGGCGUUGCCAGAUCCAGGUCUCUCCAAAUUGGCAUGUUCAAAAAGAUUUGGAAAUUCCACAGGGAUAUUCCCCCAACAUUAGUUUUUGCAUUCGGGAUAACCAUUGAGACAGCAACAGUUCCAGGUCCAACCAUUAAGGCUCUUUAUGGAGUUGACACCUACGUGACGUGGCAAAAUCACCUCCCUCCAAAGCACAUACUUCCGUGGGAUCCAACGAUCCCAACUGCAAUGCCCCACACAAAGAUGGGUGUCCCCACAGUGGUUCACCUCCACGGUGGAAUUCACGAACCCCAGAGUGAUGGAAACGCAAACUCAUGGUUCACCUUUGGAUUUCAAGAAACGGGACCCACUUGGACCAACAAGACAUACCACUAUCCCAACAACCAACAACCUGGUAAUCUAUUUUACCAUGAUCAUGCUAUGGGGUUGACCAGAGUCAACCUUGUUGCUGGCUUGGUUGGGGCCUACAUCAUCCACCACCCUCAGAUUGAGGACCCACUUGGAUUACCCCACGGUGAUGAAUUCGAUCGACCGUUGAUUAUCUUCGAUCGAAACUUUUACACCAACGGUUCCAUCUACAUGAAUUCCACUGGAGACAACCCUUCCAUACACCCACAGUGGCAGCCAGAGUACUUUGGUGAUGUUAUUAUUGUGAAUGGUAAAGCUUGGCCACGUUUCACUGUACGACGUCGUAGAUAUAGAUUUCGAAUAGUCAACGCUUGCAAUGCUAGAUUCUUUAGCUUAUUUUUCACCAACGGCUUGAGAUUCAUCCACGUGGGAUCAGAUUCUGCUUACAUUGAUAAGCCAGUUAUCACUAAUAAGACUGUGGUGGGGCCAUCUGAGAUCAUAGAUGUAAUUGUUGACUUUUCAGAGUCAAGGACUAAUUUCGCUAAUCUAGCCAAUGAUGCACCGUAUCCUUACCCAUCUGGUAACCCUGUGAAUGAAGCUAACAAUAAGGUUAUGAAAUUCAUCAUCCUACCUCAUCCAGAAGUUGACACGUCACGAGUCCCACAAAAGUUGUUGGAAUAUCCCAGUGCAGAUUUAUCCAGUGUGUCAGACACACGAUACAUUACUAUGUAUGAGUACACAAGCAACACUGGUCAACCGACUCAUUUGUACCUUAAUGCAAAACCCUUUGAAGCGCCGGUUACAGAAACACCGAAAGAGGGGUCCACAGAGUUGUGGUAUGUGAUCAAUCUCACAGGGGAUAAUCACCCUCUGCACAUUCAUUUGGCUUUGUUCAAGGUAUUGGAUCAAACGGAGCUUGUGAAAUCAGAUGAAUUCAAGAGUUGCAUGAUGAGGAUCAAUGAUGCAUUGAAGUGCCACGUGGAAAAGUAUGCACGUGGCAGGAAAGUAGCGGUGCCGGGUAAUGAGAAGGGGUGGAAGAAUGUGUUCAAGAUAAUACCAGGGUACGUGACGAAGAUAUUGGUGAGGUUUUCGUAUAUACACACAAAUGCGUCGUAUGCUUUUGAUGCAACAGCAGAGCCUGGUUACCUAUAUCACUGUCAUAUAUUGGACCACGAAGACAAUUCAAUGAUGAGGCCCUUUAAGGUCAUCAAGUGA